UGAAAUCUGGAUUCUUCCCAUAUUUCUAUAUAAUCUGGAUUCAUUCUGUCGUGUUCAACCAAACAGAGAAGAAUCCUUGUUUUGAGGACUUGGGUCUGAUCUCCGUGCUCGGAUAGAUCCUCCGCUUCUCUCCUCGGCGUUCGUGCCUGGCACCGAUUCUGGGUGUUAGCCAAAAAGCUUUCUUUCCUUUGCUCCAUUACAAAUUUCCUUUCUUUUUCCUUUGAUUUUCUUCUGUGAAUGAAACUGAACUGAAUUCACUUCGUUGCUGGCGUCUGUGCUUCAUGUGGAUUAGUGUUGACACAAGUUAUUGUCCCAAUGGAAAUUAAGAAUUUGAGUGAGGAGGAGAAUUAGACUGUCUGGCUAUGGAGAAUUCUUCUAAGGCGAACGGAAAUGGAUCAACUGAGGAUGGAUACUCUAUUGCGAGGCACUCUUAUCAACCCUCCUUGAAGGGGUCAUUACCUUGGCUGGACAUAAAGGUAUUCUAUGUAAGAGUGUGCAAGUGUGAGCUUGAUGAUUCCACUCCUGGGUUUCUUACAUUGAACCAUGUUCCUUUGAAUCCCGACACUCUUCUUGAAGUUAAUGGUGUUCGAACUAGCAUAUAUUCUGAUGGGAUGUCAACACUUCUCAAAAGAGACAGGGUAGAUAGAAAAUCUGAAGAAGUGACUUUUGUAAGCACCGAUAGCAUAAGGAUGAGUGGGAGUGUGAAGUUUGAAGUGUUUGAUAGAGAUGUUCUGCUGCUCUCUGGUGUCUUGGAAUUAUGGAAUACCAAUGGUGUUGUUAGGGAAAGUUAUAAUGGACAAAGGUGGAGCAUGAACUGUGAGUCAUACAUAAUUCCAGGCACUAGCUUCUUUAAGGGAAAACAAUUGCCAUCACCAGACUCAAAUCUCCCAUCAAUUGAGGUCUACAUUACAGGCUCCUUCUUGGGUACUCCAAUUAUCUUAACAAAAUCCUUGCAGCUUUCUCAGAAAAAGCAUGCAAAGAAGGGGGUGUUGGAUGUAAUUCCAGAGCAUGAGGCCAGUGAAAAUGGGAAGCAUCAUUCUUCUACACUUGCUUUUGAGGCUCCAGAUUACCUUUGCGACAAAUAUGAAGAUGAAGAUUAUAACAGCCUCUACUCAAGAACAACAUAUGCUGAUGGUGAAGAUGGAGAGCUUUCUUGGUUCAAUGCUGGUGUUAGGGUCGGUGUUGGUAUUGGACUUAGUGUUUGUCUUGGCAUUGGCAUUGGAGUUGGCCUUCUUGUUAAAACCUACCAAGGCACCACUAGCCACUUUAGAAGACGGUUGUUCUGAUUGGUGUUUUAUUUUUAAAGCUUAAAAUUCUCUGCUUUUUGUCCAUCUCACUCUUAAUCCAUAGACAGCUAACCUUAUUUUUGUCCAUAUCCCUCUUGGUCCAGAGGCAAGAGGCUAAAUAUCUUGUCCUACUGAGUGGAGUUUUUAUUUUUUAUUUUUUUCUUUGGAGUUGUUGUAUGUAAAAUAGUUCAUUUUUAGUGCCAUAAUGUGUCAGUUAUAUGAUGACAUAAAGUAAAGCAGGAAAAAGUUUUCCAA